GCCAUCGACACCAUGCAACGCCGCCAUGGAUGCCGCCUGCGCCUUUUUGUGUUGAGGCCGUAGUGCCAUAAUACGCUCGUAGAAGUUGCGGGGGCCGUUUGUGGGGCCUUUCUCGCACCUGUAAUGUCUAAAAGACACAGAAUAGAUGUGGGAGAUUCCCCGGUAACCAAGAAAAGAGAUCGGGACAUCGAUUAUGAUCGGGAGGACCGGAACAAAGAGAAAAUAGACAACUGCCAUAAUUCACAGUCAGUGCCAGUGUCGCAGCAGCUGAAUGCCCUGACUGGUCUUCCCUACUCCAACCGUUACUAUGAGCUAUUCCGCAAGCGCAUAGCGCUUCCAGUAUGGGAGUAUCGAGACAAGUUCUUCGAAUACCUCAACAAACAUCAGAUUCUUGUAUUGGUUGGAGAAACAGGAUCUGGCAAAACAACACAGAUUCCACAGUGGUGUGUGGAGCUUCUGCGCCAGAAAGGAGGUCGCCGUGGUGUAGCAUGCACACAGCCCAGGAGAGUAGCAGCCAUGAGUGUUGCUGCACGAGUGGCAGAGGAAAUGGAUGUGGCUAUCGGCCAGGAAGUUGGUUAUAGUAUUCGUUUUGAGGACUGCUCUUCUCCAAAGACAUUGCUGAAGUACAUGACUGAUGGUAUGCUGCUACGAGAAGCCAUGAGUGACCCACUGCUAGAAGCAUAUGGUGUUGUGCUCUUGGAUGAAGCCCACGAACGCACUUUAGCUACAGACAUCCUCAUGGGAGUCCUAAAACAGGUUGUCACCCAGCGACCAGACCUGAAGAUUGUUGUUAUGAGUGCCACUCUUGAUGCUGGUAAAUUUCAGAAUUAUUUCGACAAUGCUCCACUGAUGAGCGUUCCUGGUCGGACACAUCCUGUUGAGAUAUUCUACACACCAGAACCUGAACGAGACUACCUUGAAGCAGCCAUUAGGACGGUCAUCCAGAUUCAUAUGUGUGAAGAAAUUGAAGGCGACAUUCUGUUGUUUCUGACAGGUCAAGAGGAAAUCGAAGAGGCAUGUAAAAGGCUGAAGCGGGAAAUUGACAACUUGGGACCAGACGUUGGGGAAAUGAAGUGCAUUCCGCUCUAUUCAUCAUUGCCACCAAAUCUGCAGCAGCGUAUCUUUGAGCCGCCGCCACCUGCCAAGGCUAAUGGGGCCAUUGGCCGAAAAGUGGUUGUCUCAACAAAUAUUGCUGAAACAUCUUUGACCAUCGAUGGUGUGGUCUUCGUGAUUGACCCUGGUUUUGCCAAGCAAAAGGUGUACAAUCCUCGCAUCCGUGUUGAGUCUCUCUUGGUAUCACCCAUCAGCAAGGCCAGCUCUCAGCAACGAGCAGGCCGGGCCGGCCGUACAAGGCCAGGCAAAUGCUUUAGACUUUACACAGAAAAGGCAUACAAGACAGAGAUGCAGGACCAAACGUAUCCUGAGAUUCUUCGGUCAAACCUUGGUUCAGUUGUUCUCCAACUGAAGAAGUUGGGCAUUGAUGACUUGGUGCACUUCGAUUUCAUGGAUCCUCCAGUUCCGCAGUGCUUUGUCCGCCCCAACGAGGCCAAAAAGGCUGCUGACGAGUCCAAGAUGCGCUUCGCCCACAUUGACGGAGACCACCUGACCCUGCUGAAUGUGUACCAUGCCUUCAAGCAGAACCACGAGGACACCCAGUGGUGUUACGACAACUUCAUCAACUACCGUUCUAUGAAGAGUGCGGACAACGUGCGGCAGCAGCUGUCAAGAAUUAUGGACCGCUUCAACCUUCGCCGAACAUCUACGGAGUUUACUAGCAAAGACUACUACAUCAAUAUUCGCAAGACCCUUGUGUCUGGCUUCUUUAUGCAGGUGGCCCACUUGGAAAGGACUGGUCACUAUUUGACAAUCAAAGACAACCAGGUUGUGCAGCUCCAUCCAUCAACUUGCUUGGAUCACAAACCUGAGUGGGUGGUGUAUAAUGAGUUUGUCCUCACCACCAAGAAUUACAUUCGUACAGUCACAGACAUCAAACCUGAAUGGUGAGUAUUGUGCACAACAAACUCGUGUGUGGGGUCCAACUGCUCAGGGUG